AUGAUAUUCGGGUUUUUCUUAUUAACAUGUCAAAUAAUCUUCAAGGUUGGUUGAAGGUCAUCUAUGUCUCUUUUGCCUUCUGCUCCGCUCUCUUUCUUGGUGCUCUCAAAGGUUUAGUUGUGGGUCCUGUGGCUAGUUCGAUAUUGAUAAUUGGGAAUGUUGGGGUAAUUCUUUGGUUGUUCCCUUCACAUGUUGCCUGGACAUUCUAUACUUUAGUAAAGACUAAUAGAUUUGAUACACCACUUAAAGUUGCUAUCAUUUUUGCUCUGCCUGGUUUAUUUGGAAUAUGGUUGGGUCUAAGCAUCGCUGGGAGUGUUCUUGUAGGAGUGGGCUAUGGGUUCUUCACUCCUUGGGUUUCAACUUUUGAGGCCUUUAGACAUGACAAUGAAUCCAAGAAAUUCUUCCACUGUUUAGUGGAUGGGACAUGGGGAACUGUUAAAGGAAGUUGCAUUACAGUCACAGAUUUUGCAGAUAUAUGUUAUCAUUCAUUUCCAGUUUACUUGAAGGAAUUACGGGAGUGCCCUCACUCAAAUGAACUUCAAACUCUAAGGUUGGUUUAUGUGCCUGGAUGUAUCAUUGUUGGACUGAUCGGACUAGUUGUGAAUAUUCCUUUGUACACUGUAAUUGCUUUAGUCAAGAGUCCUUAUAUGUUGUUCAAGGGUUGGUUUCGGCUGCUACAUGAUCUUAUCAGCCGUGAGGGACCAUUUCUGGAAACAGCUUGCAUCCCCAUUGCUGGUUUGACAAUCCUUUUGUGGCCAAUUAUUGUUGUUGGAAGCAUCGUAGUAGCCAUUGUCUCAAGCAUCUUUAUUGGAUUGUAUGGAUCAGCAAUAGUAUACCAGGAAAGAUCUUUUCGGAAAGGUAUAGCUUAUGUAAUUGCAAUGGUUGCAGAAUUUGAUGAGUAUACGAAUGAUUGGCUGUAUCUAAGAGAGGGGACUAUCCUUCCAAAGCCCCAUUAUCGGGACAAAAAGACCUACCAUUCAUCUGAACUGUCUGUUGGACAAAAUCAUGUGGUUGAUGGAAAAUUCAAUCAUGUUUCUAUGGAAGCACCUGCAAUGCUUGUGCCAAGCUUAGCACAUUCGAGAUCAGUCAGGGAGGCAAUACAAGAAGUGAAAAUGGUGCAGAUAUGGGGAAACAUGAUGAGGUCCUGCGAAAUGAGGGGGAGAGAAUUAUUGAAUGCUAAUGUUAUAACACCACUCGACCUCUAUGAGUCGUUGAAGGCAAAAAAUGGAAAUGAAGGAGCCAUUAUAAGUGUUGGUUUGCCUUGUUAUACAUUCUUGCAGACUCUCCUCUACUCCAUCAAAGCUGGUUCAGGUGGUCUGUUGCUGCUUGAUAAUUUUGAAGUAACCUAUCUGAAUAGACCAAAGGACAAAUUGUUAGACUGGUUCUUUAAUCCUAUAAUGGUCCUGAAGGAACAAAUUAAUGUCAUAAAAUUGGGAGAGGAUGAAGUGAGGUACUUGGAGAAAGUGGUUCUUUUUGGAAGCAAUACACAGCGAAUGCAGGCUUGGGAUAAUGGUAGUUUGGUACCUGAAGAUGCUCUCAGAGCUGCUCAAAUCCAAGGCAUCAGUAGAAGGAUGAUCGGAAUGGUUCGUAGUGUGUCGAAGUUUCCGACGUAUAGAAGGACAUUUCGACAGAUUGUGAAGGCUUUGAUCGCAUACUCUUUAGAGGGGAUGGAUGCUAACUUAUCCAAUUCCAAUAGAUCAGUUGUCUCCAUUGAAAUUGUUUAGGAAUAGGUAUUUGGUGUAAAUACUUGUAGUUUGUGUAUCCCUCACUUAGAUCAUCAAUGAUACAGUAAUUGUGUAGAGUUGGAAAACAAUAUUCUAUAUGCAAUGAAAUCAUGCUAUUCAAUUUUCAAAAGCAUAAAACCACACAAGGUUUAGAGAACCGUCAGUAGUUACGUGUUAAUAAUUCUCUCCGAGUUUUAACUUCAACAAUCUCCCAAUUGGGAUUUCAGGUGUAUGCUCGGCUUGGGCUAUUGGGCCUGUUGAUAUAUCGAGCUCAGGCCUAAUUACUGUUCUUCAUCAAACUAUCAAUCCCUCUUAUAAAAUGGACGCAAAUUAUGUAUAUAAAUUGUAAUCAAAUAUUCUCAUUCAAUGGGUAUUUAUGAAGCAGUUAUAUAUAUUUAUCUGAGUAAUUUAUAUUCAUACAUUUUAUUAGUCCCAAUUAAACUAAGACGUAACCACUUAUACAUUUUAUUCUCCUUGAGGACUUUAUACUCCAUCUCCAUGAGACUUCCUUGGGAUGCUAGGUUAUCUGAUGUCAUUGUUGAUGACACUUGGGCAUUUCCUACUAGGGACCCAACUCUUCAGCUGAUUUGGGAUUCGAUCACUCAUGUUCUGCGACUCGGGGUCAAAGAUUACCAUGUUUGGAAGGAACACUUUUCUAGCAAGUUCUCUGUUGACUCAGCUUGAAAUUUGAUCCAGGACAGGUAGGAGGUGAACUCUUUACAACAUCUCUUGUGGUUCUCGAGACAUAUCCUAGACACUUUUUCAUACUAUAUAUGGUUAGCCUCUCUGGGUAGACAACACAAUAGGAACUGCCUACAGGCCCAUAGCUUCAUAGCUUCCUUUGAGUGUGUUCUUUGCGGCUCUGCAUAAUAGACCCAAGAACACCAUUUCUUUAGUCGCACCUUCUCUACAUCAAUUUAGGGAGAGAUGUCUGCUAAACCCCUCAUGGCUUGGCCUCCUUUCUCUUGGCCCUCUAUACUCUAGUGGACGGUCCUUCACUUUCGACGUAAGGGCGACUUCAAACACCUCCUAGUAUAGUUAGUCCUCUCCGUCACAAUCUAUUUUUUGUGGUAGGAAAGGAAUAACCGAAUGUUCAAUCAUGAGAGCAAGACUCAACGUAUUGUCAGUGAUGAGAUUUUCACCUUAAUCCGAGACCGAGCCUGCAACUUAGCCUCUAAGUGUGACAUUCUUCCUCAGCUUAGAGCCAUCUAACGCCUGUCAAAUUGAUUUUGCUUUGUUUGUUUUUUAGAGCCUGUGUGUUUCUUAGGGCGCUUGUGCCCCAUUCUCUUUUGUAUAGAGCCUGCAUGCUCCCUUAGAGUGUCUGUGCCCUCUCUCUCUUUUUUAUAAAGCUUGUUGCUUCUUUUGAGCGAUUGUAUCCAUCUUUUUAUCUUGGAUGUCAAAAAAGAUGACACGUUCGUCUUGGUUGGUUU